AUGUCCAAAUAUGCGUUGAUAUCGCUGCCCCAGAGUGCGUUCGACUCUGGGGACCGUGAUGAAGCUAUCUCGUCCUUGAGCGCGACCAUCACAUCUGACAAUGGCACUGUGCUGCCGUUUGCCAUCCCCGAUUUCAAAAUCGGAACUCUAGACCUGCUCGUCCAGCAAGCCGAUGACUUGGCCAAGCUCGACACCGCGUGCCAGUCAGUCGUCGCCAAGGUUGCGGAUUCAUUGCGCACGGUGCUUAACAAUGACGAGGACCGGAUGGCCUCGUACAAGAUGGUCAAUGAUAAGCCAACCGAUCACUACCUACGCAACUUUAGCUGGAAUAAGAUGAGAUACCGAGCCGACAAGCCCAUUGCUGAUCUCAUUAGCACUCUUCAGAAGGAGCUUAACACAGUCGACAACGACGUCAAGUCCAAGUUCAACCAGUACAACGCCGUCAAGACGAAUCUUGCGCAGCUCCAAAGGAGACAAACUGGCACUCUCGCGACAAAGUCUCUCACCCCGAUCGUAAAGCCAUCGCUGCUCGUUCAGGACUCAGAGUAUCUUGAGACUCACCUCAUCGCCGUGCCGACGAAUGCGAAGAAAGACUUUAUCAAGAGCUACGAAACCCUCGCACCCAUGGUGGUGCCCCGAUCAUCCGUAGAAAUCGACCAUGACGACGAGUUCACGCUAUUUGCCGUCGUAACUUUCAAGAAGCACAGCGCCGAGUUUGUCCACAAAUGCCGAGAGCAAAAGUGGACACCUCGUCAGUAUAAAUAUGUCGAAGGUGGCCGCGAAGAAGAGCAGCGAGAGCUGGAUCGUGUGACCAACGAAGAGCGCAAGGUAUGCGGCGAAGCGCUGCGCAUGGGAAGGACCGGGUGGAGCGAAAGCGUCAUGAUCUGGGUGCAUGUCCUUACGUUGCGCGUCUUUGUUGAGGCCGUGUUGCGGUACGGAUUGCCGCUGGACUAUGCUACGGCUCUGAUCAAGACGACGCCAAAGCUGGCCCCCAAGGCAAAGGCAGCGCUGGACUCAAAGUACUCAUACCUGGGUGGAAAUGCAUUCGGAAGGGACAAGCACGGCAGGGUCACGAAAGACGACGCCGCCCUUAGCUCAGAGAUGGCUGCGGCGGGAUUAGGGACUGGCGAAGGACACGAGUACACGGCUUUUGUUUAUUAUGAGGCUGAAUUUCCCUAA